AUGAGGGACAAGGCAGCAGCUUGCUGUCCCCUGUGCAGCGGGCGAAGCAAGAUAGUGCAGCAGCAGCAGCAGCAGCAGGAGCAGCAGGAGCAGCAGCAGCAGCAGCAGCAGAAGGAGCAGCAGCAGCGGCUACUCAGACGCUAUACUGCAGCAGCAUGCUGCAAGGAGAGAGGAAGGGGACUGUCUCCUGUCUCCUCGCGGGGGUUGUGGGGUCGUCUCCACUCCUCCCAAGGCUCCGCAUGCACAGGGGAUGCAGCAGCAGCAGCAGCAGCUGCUGCUGCUGCUGCUGCUCCUGCUGCUGCUGCUGCUGCUGCUGCUGCUGCAGGCCGGGGAGAAGGAGAACUGGAGAGAGCCAGGCUGCGGCUGUCAAGCGGAAACGAUGCUGCAGCGGGACGGCUGUCUCUAUCGACAGGCUUAACCCCAGGCCUGGAGAGGCUUUAUGUGCGCCGCCGCUCCCCUAGGAAAAAACAGCAGCAGCAGCAGCAGCAGCAGCAGCAGCAGCAGCAGCAGCAGCAGCAGCAGUUAUCGAGAGUCUCUGGUGCUCCUGCUGCUGCUGGUGUUGGCGCUGCUGCUGCUACUAUUCCUCCAUUUCCUGCAGCAGCAGCAACAGCAGCGCUGCUGCUGGUGUUGGCGCUGCUGCUGCUACUAUUCCUCCAUUUCCUGCAGCAGCAGCAACAGCAGCAGCAGCAGCAGCAGCAGCAGCCCGUUACUCAGAGCCUCCCUUCUCUCCCUCCCCCACUGCAGCAGCAGCAGCAGCACCACCCCCACCAGCAGCACCAGCACCAGCAGCAGCAGCAGCAGCAGCAGCAGCAGCAGGAGCAGCAGCAGCAGCAGGAGGAGCGCAUAGCAGCAUUAGAUGCCUUCAUAUGGAUGCUUGCGUUUGACCCCCGGGACCUUCUCUGUCUCCGGCUAGUAAACAAAGAGGGACAGAGAUAUGCUGAGGAGACGCUGCGCCGCAUCAGCAGCGCGCUGCUGCUGCUGCCAGCAGCAGACAUGCAGCAGCAGCAGAUCACACCCUGGCUCCUUGAUGCAGCAACCAGUGCCUGGCAGCAAUCCUUCAACAGCAAACUGCUGCUCAGAGCACAGCAGCAGCAGCAGCAGCAGCAGCAACAGCAGCAGCAGCAGCAGCAGCAACAGCAGCAACAGCUGCUGCUGCAGCAGCAGAUCAGACAGCAAAGAAAGAACCGGAGAAGAGCAGCAGCAAGACCUCAGCAGCAGCAGCAGCAGCAGCAGCGGCUUCACCUGCAGGAACAGCAGCAAGAAGAACAUCAUCAUCAUCAUCAUCAACAGCAACAGCAACAGCAGCAGCAGCAGCAGCAGCAGCAGGCAGCAGCAGCAGCAGCAGCAGCAGGAUACCAUAGGAUUUCUCCUGCUGCUGCUGCGCUGCUGGCGACGCAGCAGCAGCGGGCGGUGGUGCUGUGCGGCUACAGCGGAACAGCAGAGCGCAACGGCCAGUGGUUCCAGUACUGUGAGGCCACCGUGCUGCUGCUCCCCUGCAGCAGCAGCAGCAGCAGCAGCAGCAGCAGCAGCAGCAGUAGCAGCAGUAGUAGCGAUAGGAAUAGCAGCACGAAGAGCAGCAGCAGCAGCACAGACUGCAGCAGCAGUAACAGCAGCAACGGUGUUAACACAAGCAACAGCAGCAGCAACCGCAGCUGCAGCACUAGUAAUAGCAGCAGCAGCAGCAGCAGCAGCAGCAGCAGCAGCAGCAAGUGUAGUAACUGCAGCAAAGUGAAGACAGAGACAUCCUUCAUGGCUGAGCUGCAGCAGAAGAUUCAGGUGUCUCUGCGGCGGCACUGCCAGCGCAUAGACAGCAAGCUGCUGCAGCAGCAACAGCAGCAGCAGCAAGAGCUGCUGCUGCUGCUCCCCCCAACAGCAACACAACAACUGAACAGCAACACCUCAGAUGUUGCUGCUGCAGCAGCUUUUCUAGACGCAUGCGAACGCCAGCGGCAGCGCGACAAGCAGCAGCAGCAGCAGCAGCAACAGCAGCAGCAGCAGCAGCAGCAGCAGCAGCAGCAGCAGCAGGAAAGCCUUGCAAGUGUGCUGACAGACUGCAGGCGGUGUGUGGUGUACGAGCUAGUCGCCUCGCGGCCUGUAGGUGGCGGAGCAUCAUCAUCAUCAGCAGCAGCAGCAGCAGCAACAGCAGCAGCAGCAGCAGCAGGAGCAGCAGCAGCAGCAGCAGCAGGGGGCCGCGGCCGCGUGGGUGGUGGUGUCACGAGCUAG